GCACGUGUAGUAGGUGAUGGUUGUUUACAUAUUCAUUGAUCAUAAUUUAUCUUAUUUACAAAAUGUUUAAGUUCGACUUUAAUGUUGAAGCAGAUAGCAACAAUCCGUUCUGUUAUGAAAAUAUUGCGAACGAAAAGGAAGUAAUAAACACGUCAAGCAAGACUGAUAAAACAGAAUGGUAUAAAUCGGAAAAAGUUGCAAUUGGUGUGGAUAUAUUGGAUAACCUAGAUGUUUAUAAGUUGAAUGCCACCAUUUUGAACAUAGCUGAUGUUCCAAUUCACCAUAUCGUCACAGGAUUUCUGAUUGAACAUAUAACAUGUAAUGACAGUGAUAAUAAGGACAUCGCUAAAGCCGAACAAACCCAUUCUGAUCUCAUACCAGGUGUUUAUGAAGGCGGUGCAAAAAUUUGGGAGUGUACCGGUGACCUGCUUCAAUAUUUAGCUAAAACUAUCAAACCGCAAAAUUGGCAUGGAAGACGUGUGUUAGAUCUGGGCUGUGGCGCUGGUUUACUGGGUAUUUACGCAUAUAUAUGUGGCGCGUUAGUGCACUUUCAGGAUUAUAAUAAAGAUGUACUAACACAAAUUACAAUACCAAAUGUUAUGUUAAAUGUGAAAACCCCGUCAAAAUCUGUGGAUGAUGGGUCUGCUGCUGCAGAAACAGAAAUAGAGGAGAAUUUUGACAUUGAAUCACUGGAAGAAAAUCUACAAUUUUAUUCCGGCGAUUGGUGGGAGUACGUGGAACUGACGACAAAAAAUGACGAAGACAAGACAAAUAAGUUUGAUUAUAUUCUUACUUCAGAGACUAUAUACAAUCCGCAAAAUCAACAAAAAUUAUUAGAUACAUUCUAUGCAAAAUUAAAUACCAACGGCGUUGUGUUAGUAGCAGCAAAAACCUAUUAUUUCGGUGUUGGUGGUGGGCUACGGCAAUUCGAAGAACUGAUAACUUCUGAUAAGCGUUUUCAAUUUAAAGUGGUCUGGUCAAGUGUGGACGGAGUAAAACGAGAAAUAUUAGAAUUAAGUUUAAAGUAAUUGUUGGAUUAAAAAAUAAAAAAUUCCAGAAAAUCGAUUGUUUUGUUGUCUAGAAUUAUAAGCGUGUUGAGGCCUUGUAAAUACAUAUAUUGAAAAUA